AGGAUAAAGGGGAAUUACUCUUUCUCAAAUCAUCUACUGCAUGAUGAAAGGAAAUUACUCUUUCUUUCUUUUAACUUUAAAAAAAUCAUCCUAGGCUAUAAUUUAUUGAAAAGAGAUACUGUAUUAAUCCUGUUAAUUCCAGUCACAUGCUUUUCUUUGUAUUUUUUCACAUGUAAAAGAGUACAGCAUGAUUUUUAUAUAUUGAUCAAAUAUGAAAGACCUGUUCAUCCAUGAAAUCACAGGCAAUUGCAUCGCUUGGGUUGAAUUUACUAUUAAAAAGUACUCUUUAAUAGUAAAUUUGACCCCAAGAGAUGCAAUUGCCUCUACAUCUGAGAUAAAUGAUUAUUUAACCUUUUCUUGGUUUGCAUAUCAACUCAAUAUGGAUAUGCAUCUCAAAAUGAAUUAAGACAUGACAUUGAAAAAAUAUAAGUGGUACAUGUAAAUUUGGUGAAUCUACUUCUAUUUUUCAGAGAUUCCAGUCAUGGUAACACAUUUCGGUGCUCUGUUUUUUCAAAAUAACAUAAUUGAUGAUGAAAACUUAAACCAUGAACUAGUGCAGUAAUAUCCAUAGGAAAUAACUCUAACUGAUCAUUUAUUUUUACAUAAACUUUACACAUUUUUGACAAAAGACACUUUAGAUCCCACUCGGUAUACAUCAGAGGGUUCCUUAUCAGUAUCAUCUCGGCUGUAUUUAACAUAACUGCCAUUGCCCUAACUGUUUACUUUUUAUUAAGUCUACGAGUUUGACAUACCUUGUAACAUGAAUGUGGAAUAACAAAUAAACGGAUGACUACAUAUCGCCUGACCAACACCUAAAGUGAACUCCAUUCUGCAUAAUUAGAACAUGUAAACAUCCUCUGCAUGAAAAUGGUUGCAAUUCUAGAAUCACACUUUUCCCCGAGUCUUGUGGACAAACUGUUAUCAUCUCUCACCCAAACUACAUGCUUGCAAUUCUGUGAAUGUAAUGACUUCAUUAAUAUAAAUGAAGUCACUAAUUUUUAAGCAUUGUUGAUAUAAGUCAGACUAGAUUCUUCAGGCGCUAACAUCUUUUUAAUCCACAAAUAGUAAUUGUAAAUUGUUAAAAAUGUAGGUCAUUGUGCCCGAUUUGUUGAGUAGAAGGUGUAGCAUAUUCAAUGUAACUGCUAAAGCGACUGCAAAUUCUUAUAAAGGGAUAUGAAUUUUGAACACUCUAAAGAUAUAUGUCUACUGAUAGCUAGAGGAUCUAUGCAUGCCUAGUAUUUGUACAAAUGCCCAGCAGUGAUGUCACAAUGAUUGUUUUUCCCCCAUGGUGAUUUUUGCACAUCAUUGGUGCUAUCGAGCACAGCAGAGUGUUCAGGCUAAACAUGAGGGAAGUAAACAAAAUAUAACACAUGCCCUGAAUCACAUGGAAGCUUUCUACAAACCAGUCUACAAAGAUCAUUGGCCCUCCAUACGAAUUUCUCUGUUGACAACCUCAAAAUACUGUGCAUUACUGAAUAAUUACCACAGCCAGAGGGACAAAGUUGAAAAUUUUCUGACAGGUUUAGGGACGUACAAUGCAAUGGCUGAUGCAGCUAUAGCAUGGACCAACCACCUGCAGAAAGAAAAACAGCAAGAGAUUGUGGAAGACAGUUCACUGCCCCUUGAGAAAUUUUUAGAUUUUCCUGCACGACCCUUGAUGAAAGAAGUAGCAGAAGAUAGUGUGAAUGAAUAUGAAACUUCCGAAGGAGAAGAGAAAAUUGAUCCAGUGGUGGGAAAAAACACGAGUUUGUACGACUUUAUUCCGACCAAAAGGAUUUAUUCAGAGAAGGAGAUAUUACAACAACAGAUAGUGACAACGUCCACAUUUGAUGACUCCCUCUUUGAGGUACCCGUGAAAGUCAUACAAGAGCAAGUCCCUGAAUUACCGGACCAACUGAAAUUCUUUGUGUAUGAGAAAGGCAAUGUUUCAGACUUCCCAACUCCCAAACUAAAACAUGGAAAUCAAUUAGGUUACUAUUUAAUGGAUGCUGCAUCCUUGCUGCCUGUGGUCACACUGGACAUUCAAGAAAAUGAUGCUGUCCUUGACCUUUGUGCUGCUCCAGGGGGGAAAACUCUGUCAAUGUUGCAGACUCUACAGACAGAGAAUUUGACAUGUAAUGAUGCCUCCAAGAGUCGCCUCAGUCGGCUGACGGACAUAAUGAAGUGGUACCUCGGUCACAUACCGCCCUCCAUCUCCAUAACCAAGAGAGACGGGAGGUCCUUCACAGAACCUCAGUAUGACAAGGUGCUGGUGGAUGUUCCCUGUAACACCGACAGACACGUUCUGAUCAGUGAGGAUAACAACCUCUUCAAACCUGGCCGUGUGGAGGAGCGACUGGCACUACCGACGGAACAAAAAGAAUUACUGGUAGCUGGAAUCCAGUCAUGUAAACCUGGCGGAACAGUCGUGUACUCCACAUGCACCCUCUCCCCCGCUCAAAAUGAUGGAGUCAUACAAGCCGCCAUGGAACAUUUAUGGAAAGAAACGGAUAUUGACUCGGUUGUGAUAGACCUGAGCUACAUUAGGCCAAUAUUUAGAGACACGUUUUCUUUCUUUCCACAGACAAAGUUUGGACAAUUAAUUAUUCCUACGUUGUCUUCAAAUUUUGGACCAAUGUAUAUUUGCAAGAUAAAACGUAUCAGGUAGUUGAAAA